AUGUCAAUUCCUGAUGAAUAUCUAUGCCCAAUUACGAGAGAUGUCAUGAAAAAUCCUGUUCUAUUGAUCGAAGAUGGAUAUUCAUAUGAAGAGAAUGCUUUGAAAUCUUGGCUCGAAAAUCAUAACACGUCGCCGAUGACGAAUAAUUUUUUGAAAAAUCGAACUUUCAUCUCGAACCGAGCAUUGAAAUCCUUGAUCAACGACUUUCUGUCUCACAAACGCAUCACGUCCGAGAAAUUAUCUCGUGAAUUUUUAUCAUUCAAAAUUCUCACUAGACGACCAUAUGUGGAUUGGAAAUCGAAACCAACAAUCACAAUUAUCCUAUCAGUGCUAGGACCAUGUCAAGUCGGCAAAACAAUUUUAAGUCAAUGUCUUCAAUACGGUCAUUGGCCGGCAAAUAUGCCAAUUCCGCCUUCGACUAUCGGAUGUGAUCUGUUAUUUUAUCACUUAAGUAAAUUGUUCAAAGAGCAGUUUGCCGUUGCCCUCCGAUUGAAUGAUCCAUCUGGUCAGGAUCGAUUUGAAUCUGUAACAAAUCUUUAUUUUCGACAAUGUCAUGGAGCGCUGCUUUUAACUGACAUGACAAAUCCAGAGAGUCUCGAACGAUUAGAGCAAUAUUGGUACCCGAGAUUGAAACAAUUGAGCGUCAAUCCUGUCGAGGUCAUUCUCGUCUGUACUAAAUUGGAUCUGUUCGAGAAACAGGAGCCGGUAUAUCGCGAAGCCUACCUUCGCCGUGUCGAGCAAUUCGCUACUAAACAUCAGAUUCCAAUAGUCCAUGUCUCUGCCUACCGUGGUGACAAUAUCGAAUACCUUUUCAAACGAAUGAUCAUCCAAAUUAUGGAAAAUGAUGAAAUAAUCGAUCCGUUAGUCGCGCAAGCUCUUUCUUGUGUAAAACAAAAACCUGUCAAGAAAACGUCUCCCUGUUGUCUGUAA